UUGAUGCAAGGUCCUAAAGUUUGUUAUCAUUAUCAGGAUCUAUAUCAAUAUACCGGAAAAACAGGUUUUCAUUUUUGAUGAAAUUUAAGGCCCUUUAUGUACCGAUGACAUUUUUGUGUGUGGAUUGCACUGUUUGUUAAACCAUGUCUCACCAAACUGGAAUAACAGCUAAUGAUGAAUUGGUGACAUUCUUUGGCAACUGCCGCAAUGGAAGUGUACGAGCUGUCAAAAUUUCCAUUGAAAAUGAGCAGCUGAGCCUGCACACACACGUGCCGGCCGACUCGACCUGGGAGCGGGACUGGGACAGCGUGGUUCCCGACCUGGUCGAUGACAAACAGCCCACCUAUGUGCUCUACAGGCUGGACUCGAAGAACUCGAUGGGUUUCGAGUGGCUGAUGAUCACCUGGUCGCCGGACGACUCGCCAGUCCGACAGAAAAUGCUCUACGCCUCCACAAAGGCCACGCUCAAGAAGGAGUUUGGCGGAGCUCAGAUCAAAGAUGAAGUGUUCGCGACCGUAAAGGAGGACGUCACGUUCAGCGGCUACCAGCGCCACCUGCGGGCGCAGAAGGCGCCGGCGCCGCGCUCCAUGGCAGAGGAGGAGAAGGCAGAGAUCCGCCGGGCGGAGGUGAGUGUCGACGUGGCGGUCGACACCAAGCAGCAGACGAUGGGCAGCGUGGCCUUCCCCAUCAGCCGAGACGCGCUGGAUGAGAUCAGCAGGCUGUCCGAGGGCCGGAUCAACUAUGUGCAGCUCAGCAUAGACCUGGACCGGGAGACCAUCAACCUGGCGGGUUCGGACAGCACGCCCGUGUCGGCGCUGGCGUCUCGCGUGCCCACUGACCAGGCGCGCUAUCACCUAUACGUGUUCACGCACCAGUACGAGGGCGACGUCUUCCACAGUCUCGUGUUCAUCUAUUCGAUGCCGGGGUACUGCUGCUCGAUCCGCGAGCGGAUGCUCUACUCCAGCUGCAAGUCUUCCGUGAUUGAUUUUAUUGAGAAUCAGUGUCAGCUGAACAUCACGAAAAAGAUCGAAAUAGACGACCCCUUGGAGCUGACGGAGCAGUUCCUACUGGACGAGAUCCACCCUAAGAAGAUGCUGCACCGGCCAAAGUUCGCCAAGCCCAAGGGCCCGGCCAACCGUGGCGCUAAGCGGCUCACCAAAACCUCGCCGGACUCGUAGCCGAGAGGUGGCCCUCCGUUUGCGCGUGCUGUGCCGGUAAGCGGGCGGGGCGCCGGGCACGACCGGCAACUGUCGUCUGCCA